CAUCAACCUCCUCCUAUACAAACGCCUUCUUCAUCUCCCUUUAUUUAAUACCAUAAUAACAUGCUUCCAUUUUACUACAUGUUAUUCAUCACAAAAGCCAAAAACAAUGAGAGAAAUAUUAAACAUUCAAGGAGGCCAAUGCGGCAACCAAAUCGGUGCAAAGUUCUGGGAAGUAAUCUGUGAUGAGCAUGGUAUCGAUCCCACCGGACAAUACAAAGGUUCAACAGCCGAUCUGCAACUCGAACGGAUCAAUGUGUACUACAAUGAAGCAUCCGGUGGUCGUUAUGUUCCCCGCGCUGUCCUUAUGGAUUUGGAGCCUGGUACUAUGGAUAGUAUUCGAUCCGGCCCCUAUGGCCAGAUAUUUAGGCCCGAUAACUUUGUUUUCGGCCAGUCCGGUGCUGGGAAUAAUUGGGCCAAGGGCCAUUAUACUGAAGGUGCUGAGUUGAUUGAUUCUGUUCUUGAUGUUGUCAGGAAAGAAGCCGAGAAUUGUGAUGCUUUGCAAGGUUUUCAAGUAUGUCACUCGCUUGGAGGUGGCACGGGGUCAGGUAUGGGGACACUACUAAUUUCAAAGAUACGAGAAGAAUUCCCCGAUAGGAUGAUGCUCACAUUCUCGGUUUUCCCUUCACCUAAGGUCUCUGAUACAGUCGUUGAACCUUAUAACGCAACGCUCUCAGUGCACCAACUGGUCGAGAAUGCCGAUGAAUGUAUGGUCCUCGAUAAUGAGGCGCUUUACGACAUAUGUUUCAGGACUUUGAAGCUCACCACUCCAAGUUUUGGUGAUUUGAAUCAUUUGAUCUCGGUAACCAUGAGUGGUGUGACAUGUUGCUUGAGGUUUCCCGGUCAACUAAACUCCGACUUACGUAAGCUAGCGGUUAACCUAAUCCCAUUCCCACGUCUCCAUUUCUUUAUGGUGGGAUUUGCACCCCUGACCUCUCGUGGGUCCCAACAAUACGCCACUCUUAGCGUCCCAGAGCUGACUCAGCAAAUGUGGGAUGCUAAGAACAUGAUGUGUGCAGCUGACCCUAGACAUGGCCGAUACCUUACAGCAUCGGCCAUGUUCAGAGGUAAAAUGAGUACAAAAGAGGUUGAUGAACAAAUGAUCAACGUUCAAAACAAGAACUCCUCGUAUUUUGUUGAGUGGAUUCCCAACAACGUCAAAUCAAGCGUUUGUGACAUCCCACCAACCGGGCUUAAAAUGUCUUCAACAUUUGUUGGAAACUCGACAUCCAUUCAAGAAAUGUUUAAACGGGUGAGUGAACAGUUCACAGCCAUGUUUAGGCGAAAGGCGUUUUUGCAUUGGUACACGGGAGAAGGGAUGGAUGAGAUGGAGUUCACGGAAGCCGAAAGUAACAUGAAUGAUUUGGUGGCGGAGUACCAGCAAUACCAAGAUGCUACGGCAGAGGAUGGUCAGGAUCAUGAAGAGGAGGAUGAAGAAGAGGAGGAGUGAUUGGUAAUUUCAUCAAGAGUUCGGUUUUGAUCCACCCUAUGUUUGAUUUGUACACGUGAAAUACUUAUGUUUGU